AUGAGACGGAGGUGGUUAAAAUUAAGAGUCGAGAAUUAUUAUCUACCAGCCAUCCAAAAUCAACAACAUUCAAAUUGCAUCGGCUGUGAAACGGAUCAUCCAAGUCAAAAAUAUCACAGUUGCCUGGGAAUUGGAAUUUCGUCAAGUGGUCGUAGUCAUCCAGUCGAUGAUUAUUUGUAUUUGGCCUUGGAGGAAAAACCUAAAGACGAAGACAUUGACGCCGUAUUAGGAAGUUUGAUAGAAGACCCGAAAGGUCACGUGCAGUUGUGGGAAAACGAAGACGAUUGGACGAUUGACGUAGAAAAAGAAUUAAGAAAAUUUUGGAAAGAAGUUCCUGGUUUACGUAUGAUAUUACCAACAUGGAGAAAAGAGACAGAGAAUUGUUAA